CUUGUUAUUGACAACGGUUCCGGCAUGUGCAAAGCCGGUUUCGCUGGCGAUGAUGCCCCACGCGCUGUUUUCCCUUCUAUUGUAGGUCGCCCUCGCCACCAUGGCGUAAUGGUUGGCAUGGGUCAGAAAGAUUCAUACGUAGGGGAUGAAGCUCAAUCUAAACGUGGUAUCCUUACUCUUAAAUAUCCUAUUGAGCAUGGUAUCGUAACGAAUUGGGACGACAUGGAAAAAAUUUGGCAUCAUACAUUUUACAAUGAACUUCGUGUUGCUCCCGAGGAACAUCCUGUGCUCUUGACUGAAGCUCCGCUCAAUCCUAAAUCUAAUCGUGAGAAGAUGACUCAAAUCAUGUUUGAAACUUUUAAUGCGCCUGCUUUUUAUGUUGCAAUUCAAGCCGUUCUAUCAUUGUAUGCAUCUGGACGUACUACUGGUAUUGUUCUUGACUCUGGUGAUGGUGUCACUCAUACUGUACCAAUCUACGAAGGUUACGCUCUUCCUCAUGCUAUUCUCCGUCUCGAUUUGGCGGGUCGUGAUUUGACUAACUACCUUAUGACGAUUCUUAUGGAACGUGGUUAUUCAUUUACAACCACUGCUGAACGUGAAAUUGUUCGCGAUAUUAAAGAGAAACUCUGUUAUGUUGCUUUGGAUUUUGAACAAGAAAUGCAAACUGCUGCUCAAUCAUCUGCAUUGGAGAAAUCUUAUGAAUUGCCCGAUGGUCAAGUUAUUACUAUCGGUAAUGAACGUUUCCGUGCCCCAGAAGCACUUUUCCAGCCUUCUUUCUUGGGUAUUGAAGCUGCUGGCAUUCAUGAAACUACUUAUAAUUCCAUUAUGAAAUGUGACGUUGAUAUUCGUAAAGACCUUUAUGGAAAUAUUGUUCUUUCUGG